AGUCUGGACGGACCCACCAGGCCGCCGCUCGUCUCCGGUCAUUCAUCGACGACCGCGCCGCCGCUUCUUGCUCUCCUCGCCGCCGACUCGUAAGGCCACCAUGGCCGGGCGCCACCGCCGCCGCCGCCGCGGCGGACAUCUCCGGCAAGAACGGUCCCCGCUAGCGCCUCCUCCAGGAGAUCCCUCGCCGAUGGAACCCACGACUCGCAGGGAAGUUGCCAUUCCAGAUAGGCCCUCCAAGAAAACCUGCCAUGCAUCAAGCUCUACUUCCUCUUCCAUGUCUGGCCCUGAUGUCUGGGCAGGUCUCCUGGACAGCCUGCUUCUCCAAAUAAUUGCCCUCCUCAGCUCAUUCCAUGACCUCCUUGCUUUGAUCGGUACCUGCCACUCAUGGCGCGCUGCACUCUCUUCCCUCCCACCUGCAUUUAGCUUCAACUUUCCACCCCUCCACCUCCAACCAGAUGAUCCUCAUCCCCAUCGCAAUUAUGUCAAGCACAGCCUUUUAUCCAAUAUCAAGUGGCAGCUCGUUGAUCCUGCAAAGCAAACCUCCUCCCUUCGCAGUUCAGCGCCCCAAAACCUUCGGGUCCGCAUGCGGUAUUUGGGCUGCUCAUAUGGUUAUCUUAUCUUCUACAAUUUUGAGCAAUGCCUCCUUGUUGAUGUGUACAGUGGUGCUACCAAGAAGCCUCCCAAACUCAAAUCUACCGGCAACCAUGAUAUCUACUAUGGAUUCCUUGUAGCUCCCAUCAACUCAUCCAAUUUGCACCUCCUCUUUUUCUCGAAAUCAUCAAUGUUCCAGUGGCAGGUUGGAUCAAACUCUUGGUCAGAGCACCCUCUUGAUGUUGAACGCAUCCUUCAGAUCGUGUUCUUCAAAGGUGAGAUGUUUGCCAUGGACUUGUUUGGGAGGCUCCACAGAAUACGUUUGGCACCUCAGUUCAGCAUGCAGGAAAUAGCAGUUAUGUGGGGAGAGGACAUGGAUGCAGGCCUGAGUUGUCAGCAAUGGUUGGUGGCCUGUGGUGACAUGCUUCUCUUGGUUGACUUCUCAGUAAGCUUUGAACCCUUUUCUGACUUGCCUGGCACCUUUAAAGUCUUUUGCCUUGACUUUUCAGUUGAACCAGCUAAGUGGGUAAAGAUGGAUAAUUUAGGAGACAAUGCUCUCUUUGUUAGCACUGAUAGGAGGAGUCCAACAUUUUCAUGCAUGAGCCCUGAAAGAUGGGGAGGAAAAAGAAACAGUAUUUACGUCACCAACCCAUCUGCAGAUUGUAAUGAACCUUGGAUUGCGGUCGAGCUUGGUCAGGUGGUGCCGAGCACAACUUACAGUCCAGAACCCAUCCUGGCACGCGGACCUGGUGUCCGUUACCACCAACCGCAAAGCCUCUGGGUGCUCCCCAGUUUGGUUUAUGGCGUUGGGCGAUGACAAAUCUUAGCUUGCCUUGGAGUUUUGGCUAUUCUUGGGCGCCCCUUACCUUUGCUGCCCUAAUAUGAUCUAUUAAACUGGGUCCUGUAGCUGUAUGGUUUCUUGACUUGGCAUUCAAUGCCCUCCUGUACAAAUUAUGUUGUAUUGUCAUGCAAUGGUUAGGCUAUCCCUACUUCUUUAUGUGGUGAACAAGUGAAAGCUGAGGUUUUAUUCAUUUUAUUAUCUAUUGUGAUUUCCCCA